AUGCUCUCCAUUACCAUCUUCCUCCUGUCAAUGGCAGGAUUUUUGCCGGCCACCCAUGCACUGGCCAUUGCCCUGCCAAUCACCAUUGCAGCCAGAGACUCCGAGUCCGACCAUCGCGGAUUGCCAAAGGGAGCCAUUAUCGGAAUCGUCGUCUCUGUCAUCGGCAUCGGCAUCAUCCUCACCAUCUUCCGCUUCGGCGCCAUCAUGUCCAUGCGCAGAAAGCAGGACCUUAUAUACGUGCAGCAAGUUAGGAGCACCAACGGCAGCCCGACCUUCGAUUACGACCGAAACAAAUACUCGUCUUCGCCUGCUGUACCCUUACUCGCGAGUACCCAAGUGCCUGUUGCAAACUCAAUGGCACCAGCUGCUCCGUCUUGGACAGGACCGCAAGAGCCUCCUCCAGCAUACACACCAAUGAUCAACAACAAUUCCUCAGUCGCGAACCCAGCUCCCUGA